AUGGCUGCACCAAAGCCCUGCUGGUUUCUCGCCCCCAGAGCAUACCCCCCAAACGGUCCCAUCAAGCUUGGCAACAUCAUAACGGACCCCCAAUUCUUGGACGAACCCCUCUCCAGCACCUUAGAGCCACUGCCCUCUUCUGAAGAAGUCAUAACCUACGAAGAGCAGGACUUCAAGUUCCGAAACAUCAUAUCUCACAGUCGACGGGUUGGUAUAUUGACAAGUUUUUUGCAAUCAAUCCUGGGCCUGGGAGUCGACGCGUACGGCAAUUGGGAAAAAUCACAUGGCCGUGAAUUCGACGUACGGAACAUGACUACGCGCUGGUUUACGCCAACCCUUGGGUUCGUCCAAUCUCGGGUCGCGGAAGAUGCUGUCAAGGGCUUUAUUACGAGGCAUCGUUUCCGCAACAAGGUAUACAUGGUCACGGGCACCAUGAUCGCGUCCGGAGCCUCGACUUCUACGAGCAUUGGACGAGAGCGUGGUGGAGGGGUGAGCUUGAGUGUGGACGCAACACCAUUUGGCGCGCCAGUUAGCACCGGACCAAAUUUUCAUCUCGGACAGAAAACGGAAACAGGCUUGAGCUCACUGGCCUCGGAUGAUUUUGUAUUUGCAUAUCGGCUGAGAGAAAUCAAAGUAAAGAGAGGCGGAGAAGUGGUGCACAAGUCGUACAACAAAGGAGGUCUCUUUGGCACAGAUAAGCGAUCCGAAGAAAAAGAACAACUGGCGAAGGAAGAUGCAAAGAUUCAAGUUGUAGUAGAAGGGGUGAAAGAGGAAGACGUUUUUGGAGAUGCCUUUGGAAUGGAAGACGAGGACGGUAUAGAUGAAGCUAGUGGAGAAGAGUGUUACUACGUACUUCCUGAGUAG